AUGGUAAAGCUUCGCAUGCUUUUCCUCUCCCUUUUGGGAGGUCUUGUCUCUGCGGACGUUGUUGACCAAGAUCCUUUGGCAUAUUACCUCGCUCCAUCUGGCACUUACAUCCCUCCCAAAGAUCCCGGCAUCAACACACUACUCGACUUUGUCAAGUCAAGAGACGAUCUGAGCAUCCUAGCGACGGUGCUAAGCGAAUGCGCUGGCUUUGGCGAAGCUUUUGAUACAGCUCCUUCUUGGUCGUACACUUUCUUUGCCCCUUCGGACACGGCUUUCAGAAAUACGGGAGCGUACUACUCCACGUUUGCGGCUACCCCAAAGGGCAAAUGGUGGCUGGGGAAUCUACUACAGCACCAUUACGUGCCGAAUUCCCAGCUUAUGGUCAAGAACUUUAACACCACAUAUACGCGCUUUCAGACAGGGACCUUUCUUUUUGUUGGAGCGCAGAUCGUGGAUGGGAAUCUUACCCUGAAUAAAGUGGCCAGGGUCACUGAAGCGGAUAUUCCCGUUACGAAGGUGAGGUAG